UAUGAAUUAAUGGUUACAUGAACACUAUAUACAAACAAUAAACUUGAAGAAAAAAAGAGCCUAAUGGAGAAAGAAAUUGGAUUUUUCAUCACUACACAAUUAUAACACAAGAAAAAAAACAAAGAUACUCCAACACUCACCCCCUCUCGCGGCCUACCCCACGCCACCCACUACUUUCGAACACCCACAUAUAUCGAUUGAAAGUACAAAAAACACUUCAGUGAAAAAGAAAGUACAUAGAAUCGAUUGAUCAAAGGAGUAAAAAAAGUUUUUCUUUUAGAAGGAAGAAGGAACAGCGAGUGGACGUAUCAAGUUAGUAUAAUAAAUGGAGCAUGGAAGAAACCAUUAGUUUCUUCUCUUCUUCUUCCUUCCGUUAUAAUUUUCACAUAGGUCCAAAGCAAGCUCCUCCUCCCCCGUCUUAGCAGGACGACUCCAAGUGGUGACAAAUCAAGAAAACGUUCAAUUUAUUUUAUUUGUACAUACAAAACACACACAAAAAGUAUUCAUUCACUCAUUAUUACUUAACUUCAAGAACCCUAUCUCUCAUCAGUAUAUAAAUAGCAGUUAGGAGGAUCUUUAUUUCUCACCUCAAAAAAAAUUGUCAUUCUUAUUAGUCAUAUUAUAUAAGAUAUGUCAUCACCACCAUCUUUAGGAGGAGGAGAAGGACCUUCUUCCUCUAGGAGAGGCAGACGUGCUGGAAAUGAUGUUUGGCCAGAGCCUUUUGUGGAGGAUUUGGCUUUGUCAAUUGCCACAGAUGCUUCACAUUCCGUUGGCCGCUUGGCUGCUGCCCAAGCCCUAGCCGUUAUUUUUCAGGUUUGUUCAACAUGGCAAGCAGUGUCACACUCCGAUCUGCUCUGGCAAAACCUGACCCGGCGUAUAUGGAACCGCCACGAGCUUCUUAGGCAAACAUGGAGGGAGGAGUACAUAUAUUGGCAUCAAACAGCCAAUAAUUUCCUUCACCAUAGAUACAUUUAUAACACCCUCCAUUUCAUGCCUGAAAACAACGUUGAGGGUGAUGAUGAUAACAACAAUAACAACACCGACAGUCUCUUCUGUCGUCGUUUAGCCUUCUCUGAUCACCAUCUAGCUGCCGGUUUUUCCAAUGGCUCGGUUCAAUUAUUUUUCCUACCUAGGAGGCUACAUUUGUCAACAUUCCACCCUCAUCACCGUGAUCGCCUAGGUCGAUUCUCUAGGGCUGUUUCUGGGAUUAUUUUGUCUGAUGUUCAACUUGUAUUUGCUUCUCUAGAUGGUGAUAUUCAUGUUGUGAUCAUUGGUGAUGCUGCACCACCUAGACGGGUUCAUUUAGGUGAUGUGGUGAAUGAUGGUGCUUUGGUGGAUUUUACUGGCUGUGAACAGUGGUGGGUUGGUCUCUAUGCAGGUGUUCCAGGGCGUGCAUUUCACAUAUGGAAUAGGGAGACAGAAGAACUAGUCUUUGUUGGUGGUGAAUUAACAGAUCCAGAAGCGUUAAUGGGUUGGCACCUACUGACCGAGUUAACCGAGAUCGUCGGUCGAAUCAGAGUAACAACCCGCGAGACAGCCGUGGCGUGCACCAGCCUUCAGCUCAUGGUAAUCGACUUGCAAAACCAAGGCAUAAUAAUAAGAGCUCAACCAUCCCGGAGAGGGAUCAUCGUUGCAUCAUUCGAUGCCCGUAACGAGACGCUGGUGGCUGUUGACACCCGAGGCGUAGCCAACGUGCGUCGGGUGGAUGAUUUGGAGGAAAGAUGCAGGUUUAAUGUUAGAGGUGCUAACCAAAGAGGGGUUAUUGGGUGCAUAAAUGGAGGAUAUGCAAUGAUGUGGAUAGGUAGUGUUAUUAGGGUAUGGGAUAUUGAACAUGGAACCUAUCUAUAUAGUCUUGGGGAGAGCAUAGGAGAUAUUAAUGCUAUAAUUGCUGAUGAAAGGUAUGUGGCAGGUUGUUCAAGUGAUGCCACUAUACAUUUGUGGGACUUUGGUGCACAAUAGUAGUAUGCAGCUUGUUUUUUUUGUGGUAUUAUUCUUGGUGGAAAUUUAAGGACUAUAAGGUAUUUAGGUAGAGUAGAGCUAACAUGGAUGAAUAGAGAAAGAACAGAAAACAAACAAAAUUCUGAG